AUGAGACUUUCGGAUAUCGUCCAUGAUGCUGCCUGCAGUGCUAUUACUGUUGAUUCACCAUGUGCCAUCUACCAGCCACAACAGACCAGCGAAGUGGCCACUUGCCUGACGUUUGCAGCAGCGGCUCGUGCCAUGAAGCAGCAUCGAUUCUUCCUGAAGCGACACUGCCAUCAACCACACAACAAUCGUUCACACCAUCAGCCCGUUGUUGUGGCAUUUUUGGCCGGAAAUUCCGUUGAUUUUUUGCUGUCCAUCCUGGCGUGUACCUUGCAACCAUCAUGUUUGCUUCCUGUGCUGCUAAAUACACGAUGGACUCCGGUAGAAAUUGCACAAGCAUUGGACCCAUCCGACAGGAAUGAUCAUCCCACAAUAUUGAUUGUCCACGAUGCACAGCAUGCUUCCAAGGCUCAGAGAGCUGCAGAGUUGUUACGAAAAGAAGCCCACCUAGUCUCCGUGAUUACCUUGAGUUUGCCCAGCAUUUCAGCGUCCUUCCGGACUCGACUGGAAACAUCCAACAAUCAGCAUCGACAAGCGAUGGAUAAAAUAACGACAAAAACGUCUCAAGUUGACGAGAUAAAAGACACGGGAAAAGCAUCCAACAACCCUAUCAAUGACACUGCAGUGAUCAUUUUCACCUCGGGAACGACUACGGGAGCCAAGGGCGUGCUGUUAAGCCAUCGAGCCUUAAUCAUUCAAUCCAGGGCCAAGUUGAUUCCUCCAUGCUCCUACGACAAGUCUACCAAAAUGCUAGCCACCACAGUCCCACUCUUUCAUGUGGGUGGAUUGAACAGUUCUUUGGCCGUUUGGAUGGCGGGAGGAACCUUGAUCUUUCCUGCUUCGUAUCAUAACAGAAGUGGUUUCCAACCACAUCAAGUUUGGGGAUCCCUCUCAAUAUCACCCUCAGCAUCCAAUACACUGGUGGUCGUACCGGCCAUGCUAUCCGCCAUGAUAGAGACAUUGAACAGCCAAAAGACUGCUGCUGUGUUUCCACACGUAAAAUUAAUCCUCAUUGGUGGACAGUCUGCUACAGAGCGACUCCUCCAGUUGAUCAUUCCGCGGUUCCCACGUGCUCGCAUCGUGCAGACAUAUGCCUGUACAGAAGCAGCUUCUUCCUUGACAUUUUGGCAACGACAUGAUCCCUACAACAACACAAAGACAAGCUUAGAAGGAGGAGGAAGAAGAAUGAUGGACAGUGGACAAUCAACCAGCAAUGGUACCAGAAUGGCUGGAGACUGCAUUGGACGACCACCGGCUCAUGUGGAAUUGCAACUUGUUGCUCCUUCAACUACGGGUGGAGACGAGAUGCCACAAACAAUAGCCAAAGCAUUCACAACUGGGAUCCUCGCUACCCGAGGACCGCAUUUGUUAUCAGGGUAUUGGCGUCGUCCCAACUCGCCGUUGAGGGAUGGAUGGUUCUGGACCAAUGACUUGGGAUACCGUGAUGACCUGGGUAACUUUUAUUUUGCGGGGCGUGUCGCCGAUGUCAUUCGGACGGGAGGAGAAACCGUGCUGGCCACCGAAGUGGAACGGGUCCUUAUGCAACACGAGGCAAUUGCCGAAUGCGCCGUCUUUGCCUUGAAAGAUUAUGACAAGUUUGGGGAGACAGUCUGUGCAGCGCUGGUGGGAUGUCAAAAUAAUGUCGAACAAGAACGACCCAAACUCUCGGAGAUUCGUCAGUGGUGUGGCCAGCAGGGACUAGCAGGGUACAAGCGGCCACGGCGGGUAUUUUGGGUCCAGCAACUGCCACGAAACUCAUCAGGAAAGUUGCUGAAACGAUUGUUGGUAGAACGCUUUGGCAGUAUCCAGCAUCCUGCAAGGAGUAAACUCUAA